CCAGAACUUGGUAACAGCCCUGGGGGGACUCCGGGGUAAAAAUACCGGGGAUGCUCGUCGGAUCUCUUAGGGGUAAAAAUUCGUAAUUGGGAAUCUUUUAGGGUGCCAAUUUGGAGUUUCUUGAAAUUUGCCUUUUCUGCAUCUCUUAGCGUUAMUUAGCAUACUCAUGUUAAGGAAAAUUAUGAGAGUGCUCUUUGGAAACCGGAAACCAGUUUCUCCGGUGGGAGUGAGGAUCUGAGAACGAAAAUAAUGACAGCAUGGAUCUUGUCUAUCUAAUAGCGAGUCCUUAACCUAAAUGCCUUAAGUGUAAGGUUUCAUGUCAGAUCUGCAAAGAAUAGCAAGAUCAAGCCAUUUUAUUAAACCCAUUUACAGCCGACCAUUCGGAUUUUAGUCGUCAUCCGAGGACAUGGAUGACGUGAAUGCAACAACAAACCUGCGUAUUCCAUUCCAGUUCAAAGAACCACUAGCGUCAAUGGUGAUUCGAAAUACGUGUUUUGCGUUCUUGACAAUCGCUUCAGUUAUCGGCAAUUCAAUUGUCAUCCGCUCAGUCAUCAUGAAACUACACAGAAGACCACUGACCUAUUACCUUAUUACAAACCUCGCCUUUGCCGAGUUGAUUAACACCCUCCUGCUUCCCGUUAUACAAGCGUAUGACGAGCUCAACUCGUGGAUUUUUGGCGCGUUUUUGUGCCACGUGAUCAGCCCUUUGCAAGUCGCGACUGUUUUAGUAAUCACGUGGACAAUCGUWGUGAUUUCAUACUAUCGUUACCGAACUCUGAUUGGCCCUUCCAUCCAAGCACAGAAAACAUCCCAUAAAGUUAUUUUGCUGCUUUGCUUGUGGAUAUUUUCGUUYGGCUUCGCUAUUCCGUCAGCGGUUUACUCUGUAGUUGUUCAAUCCCCGUAUCAGGAUACAAAGUGUUGGUGUUUGGUUUUAUUUGAUGGGGACACCUURACAAAUUAUCGUACCUUAAACAAGUUCAYGUUGGCGCGUUUUGUGAUCAACUUCUGUAUCCCUGUUAUACUUAUAGUAGGGUUCUACGGUGUGAUGAUAGCGGGGCUUAGGCGCAUGGCACAUGAAGUAGGACCUAUACUACUUCGAGGUACACGGGAACACAAGACAUCAGUCAUCAGAGUUCCUGAUGAAGUUACUGCAACCAGUGCCGAUUCACAGGGACCAAUGACUAAACUAAGCUCAGACAGUCAAUGUAAAUCGUCACGCAUYGAUCCAGUAUUCGUACAAGACGAGGAUAUACUGAGAAUGAUGUAUGUGAUUGUUUUUGUCUUCAUCGUCUGUUAUUUACCUUAUCAGAUCAUCUACAUCUUGGAGCAUUUUGGUGUAAUAACAGCUGUUACUUGGAACUAUCAUCACAUUACAAGGCGAUAUCUGUUCUUAGUGACCUGUCUACCGAGUGCAUUACAUCCCCUGUGCUAUGGGACAAUCAGCCGAUGUUAUGCUAAGCUUUUUUCUUGGAUCUUUUUAUGCAAAUGUGCUAAGAGAUCUCGUAGARUGUAGCUUGAAUUAUAUUCUACUGUUUGAAGAGACCGCGUCGCAAUACGGGACUUUGUAAGCAAACAUUUGUGUAACCGUGUCAAAAGACCRCAGGGACUGCUGGGAAUGGACAUGGGUUCUAACUCAGUCAUUCAUGAUUCGCCUUGAAGACUGUUUUUAUUUUCUGGGUGAUAUCGAUACACUACUGCAAAUGGACCAUGAAUUACUGAACUGGAUUAAAAACUAAUGGUUGACUAUCGACUCAGCUCAAAAGAAUCGAGUAAUUUCAAGGAAGUAUCAAAUUAUCACUACAAGUGAAGUGCAAAUCAGAAGCAACAACACACAUCAGUUCCCUUAUCAGUAGCCUGCGUAUCGGCCCUAAGGGGAUUGGGGAGGGCCGGCCGAGCGGGGAGUGGGGAGGAAAACGCAGGCUACUUAUCAGUGGUGUGAUUGUCAAUAAAUCAACUUUUUUCGAUAUUUGUGAUUUUUGUAGAUCUAAUUUAGACGCCCAGAAGUACAUAACCAAGAAAUGUCCAUCUCUAAAUAAUCCUGUCACUAGAUGUGCGGAGAGAAUCUUUUUUUCGACCAAUCAAAACGCGCACAUUUAAUAUGGCACCUGAUUGGUUAAAAAUCCUUGUUGGUCAUACUUCCGAGCAAACAAAAUUUAGUCGAUCGAGACGACAAAAGUGAAGUGAAGAAUUUUAUACCAUUUGCUGAACUACCUGUUCCAAAUUUACUAAAAAAUAUAUCUGUGAGUGCGUCAAUUCUAAACCAAUUUAAGUUUAGAUGUUUAUUUUGUAUAUGAUAUCGACCAAGGUCUAUUCUAAUUUGUCGUUAGAUCAAAUACAUCAGUUAAAUAUGAUUACAAUCAUGAUAGAAAUACAUAUGUAGUUUUCAACGUCAGUUCUGACAAUCAGUUUUUUUAACCUACUUUGAUUCCUUAGUUACCGCACUAAACCGUAAGCAUUAAACUCUUGUUUUAUCUAAAAACUGUUGUUUAUCUAAACUGCUGUGACGCUGUAUUUUACCCACUGCCAAAAUACCAGCUUCGGAGGCUGCAACAACUAC